GGUGUGGGUGUGGACUGGAUGACUUCAGCAAUAAUGGAGGAAAAUCUGCUCUGCUGUUAGACAACACUUUGACUUUUUGACUCAGUCUGUAAUAUUCCAGUUCUUGGAGCUGGAAUGCUGUGUCAGGAUGGGAAACCUGUUUGGAAAAAAGAAACAGUCCCGGGUGACGGAGCAAGAUAAAGCCGUCCUGCAACUGAAGCAACAGAGAGACAAACUGAGGCAGUAUCAGAAGAAGAUCCACCUGCAGCUGGAGAAGGAGAGACAGCUGGCUAAGCAGCUGCUCAAAGAUGGGAAGAAGGAGAAAGCCCUCCUCCUGCUGAAGAAGAAGCGAUACCAGGAGCAGCUCCUGGACAAGACGGAGAACCAGAUCAGCAACCUGGAGCGGAUGGUCCAGGACCUGGAGUUUGCUCAGAUUGAGAGGAAGGUCAUUGAUGGGUUGAAAGUUGGAAACGAUUGUCUGAAGAAAAUGCAUGAGGUGAUGUCGGUUGAAGAGGUGGAGAGGAUCUUGGAUGAAACGCAAGAUUCCAUUGAGUACCAGAGGCAAAUUGACGAGAUGCUGGCUGGUUCCUUGUCGCAGGAGGACGAGGAUGCUGUUCUGGCUGAGCUGGAGGCCAUCACUCAGGGAGACGUCGAGCUUCCAGAGGUUCCUUCAGAGCCGCUGCCAGAAGCCCCUGAAGCUGCAGAGAAAAAGCCAGGUCUGCCGUUUCACUCGGAGAGCGAUCGUCCCAGGAAGAAGCAGGAGCGAGAGCUGCUCGCCGUGUAGGAACAGAGCUGACCCCCGUUACCAACCAACGCCCUCCGCAGAUGUUUUUCCACCCUACACAUCCGCGGUAGAAACCCUCCUGAUGACUGGUUGUGUUCAGCUGCCGCAGGUCGGUUCUAAAAGGAAGGGCCGGUUCACCUGCUACGCCUUGUGAACCUUGAAUUCCUGUGAAAUCACAUAAUUGUGCCUAACUUUAGUGCAAGCAGUGCAUCAUGUUUACUAUGAAAUCAUUUUUAAUUAAUCCAGAGCAUGUAUACUGUAUGUAACUAGUUUAAUCUCCCUAAAUAAUCUGUGGAUCAGAGUCGAGUUCAGAGAGGAUCGUUUCAUCCAAAAUACUGACAAAUGAAUGGACUUUAUAUCUGCGGCUUUGGUUCAUUAGGACAAAAAGAAAAAUCAUAUUCAAGAUUUUAGAUCUUAAACAUGUCUUUGGGUGAAGUGAUCUUUUCAUCACUUCAAAAGAAAAUUUUGAAGUAAAAGAAAAUUUUUCCUUCAAAAGAAACGAAACGUCUGCAUCCAUCCUUCAAAGUCUGACACUCCACAAGCAGAUUACCUAAUCUAAUCCCUAUUCCCCUCGUGGAUUAGCUCAGCCUCAAUGGGAAAAGGCCGGGCCUAUCUCAUCUGAUGUAAUCUACAGAGUCUUCUGUAAUCAUCUUCUUGCGUAUGACCCAUACUUGGAUCUGCAGGAGGAACUUUGCUUUGCUUCCACGAGGUAGAAUGGUCGAACAUCUGUGAAGACCCGUGGAACGAAACUGUAAAUCAUUUAAACUCUGGCGACUGAUCCUGUCCGACGGCAGCAUCGAAGUAAAUGUUUUAAAGUUGGUUUGGGAAUUUCUGUACAUUGUUUUUACAAUAAAAAGUGUUUCUAUUGUUCAA